AUGGCAUCAACAGUGGGGAAUUCAUCUGAUGUCAUAGUAUUUACACUCUAUGGCUUAAAUGAGACAAAAUCAACUAAAUUACUCUUUUUUGCCUUUACUCUUCAAUUUUACUUACUGGUCAUUUUUUUAAAUCUAACUCUAGUUGCAACAAUCCUCCUGGAGAAAUCCCUCCAUGAUCCCAUGUACAUCUUCAUCUGUAACCUGAGUGUGAACUCACUCUAUGGAACUGCUGGUUUGUAUCCUAAACUUUUGAGUGACUUUCUCUCUGAUACUCAUGUGAUCUCCUACAUUGCUUGUAUCACUCAAAUCGUUGUGAUCUAUUCUUUUCUCUUCUGUGAAUUUACCACCUUGACAGUGAUGGCCUAUGACAGGUAUGUGGCGAUUUGCAAACCCUUAGAAUACCAUGCUGUCAUGACUCCUCUGAGAGUUUUCAAAUUUCUAUUGAUUUCUUGGCUCCUUCCUUUUUCUGAUAUGAUCAUUCCAGCUGUGUUAAUGAUCCGACUGCCUCUAUGUGGGUCUCACAUUGACAAGCUCUACUGUGAAAACUGGGCAGUUGUGAAAUUGUCUUGUGUGGACACAACUCUCAACAAUUUGUCUGGAUAUGUGCUAAUGUUAAAAUAUACUCUACAAUUCUUUUUUAUUGUAUAUUCUUAUAUCUUGAUUAUCAUAGCUUGUUUUAAGUCUAGUGAAGGAAGGAGUAAAUUUAUGCAGACAUGUAUGCCUCAUUUGAUCUCAUUAAUCAGUUUCAUGGCUACAUUCCUCUUUGAUGCAAUGUACACUAGAUAUGGAGCUAGAAAUGCACCACAGGCUCUUCGCAAUAUCAUGGCAGUGGAGUUUCUAGUCAUCCCUCCUCUUCUAAAUCCCCUCAUAUAUGGAUUAAAUCUCACUCAGAUUCGUAGAACACUUUUGAAAUUGUGUAACAAAAGUAUAAAACCGUACACCUAA